AUGGUGCAGAGUGUGGUAUUGUAUGGCUCGGAAGUCUGGGAGUUGAAACAAAGGAACACUGGAAAGUUGUUGGCUACGGAGAUGGAUGUGCUCAGGAGGAGUUGUAGGAAGAGAAGAUUGGACAGGGUGAGGAACGAAGAUAUUAGAAGAGAAAUGGAAGUGGAAGGAGACAUAAUAGAUGAGGUUCAAAGAAAACAGUUGGUCUGGUUCGGCCAUAUAAAUCGGAUGGAGGAGGGUCGGCUCCCACGGCAGGUUAUGAACUGGGUUCCACCUUGGAGGAAAAAGAGAGGACGACCCAGGCGCAGUUGGCGGAUGGGGAUUCAGGAGGCAAUGGCGACAAGAGGCCUUGAGAUCGGCGACUGUGCCGAUAGACAGCUUUGGAAGCUGGGAGCGGAGAGACGGCGCGAGCUGUAG